AUGGACUUACCCAAGCUCUCGCCUCUGCAGUCGAGGCUGUUAGCUUUCGCGAUCACAACAUGUCUCGUUGUUGUGAUCUGGAUAUGCUUCCAACCAAAUUACUUCGCAUACGCUGCCGAGAUACCCGUUCCUCCUGAAGUCGUUCAGCACAGCGAAUUCGAAGCCUUAAUACCGCCUGCGCCACCAGACGAUCCGCCUGUAGAAAUAAGAGAUGGUUUGGAAGAGGAUGGUAAUGGCGAUGCACUCUAUGCGCCCACCUUUGCGUACUUUGACAGAAGCUUGGUGGGGCGGCAAGAAGACGAUUUGCUUCCGUUGAGCAAUAAUAAAAUGAUGGACAUCGAUAUCGCACCUAACACGACGAAGCGUUUUAUAUUCAAGAAAAGUCAACUGAGUCAGAGGUCAGUGCCGGAAGGUGUUCCGGUUGCGCGGGGAUUAGAGGAUACCGUAAAUGAGACUUUAGACGCAGAGGGCCAUUCGGGGGAGAAUACUUUGGUGAAGAGACAGGCUCAAAGUCGGAUCUGGAUAUCCGCGAACACUUGUCGGCAGCCCGUUCCAACCACGCCGAUUAUUUCCGAGUCUGUGGCUCAACUUACGCUGAAGGUCUGGACAUCCACGAGCAGUUCCGCAGCACGCCCUAGCGCCAGCAAUGAGGCAGUAGGCAACUCUACUACCUUCAGCAGCGGCCAUACCAAUUUUACGUUUUCGACUGACGAAGAUGUGUACAUGGAGGUUACAGCGCCGUCCCUUACCGAAGGAUGGGUUGGAAGCUGGAAUUUCGAGAUUGCUGCAUCUGUCGAUGAUGGUUACUACCACAACUACGACAACAGCACCAAUUUCAUUUACAUGGUCGACACUGACAGCGACUCCACUCUCUUCAUCACGCAUAACAUGACGGACUUCAACGACACUGACAAGGUGGCAAAAUGGAUUGAGGAACAUAAGGACGACAAUCUGCCAUUCGACAUCUAUGCAUUUCCAGACGAAGGGUGGAGCCCCAUGAUGGGAGUGGAGCGCUCAUACUGUGGCUUGAAGGAACAGUUCGAAACUUCCAAUAACCUGUCCGUGUUGUCGUCUAUCACUACUCAGUUUGGGCAAGGUUUGCCCAAGGGCAUGUUCAAUGUCCAAGGCCUGCAAACGUCAAUGAACUACACUGGCUUCCUAGCUCUAAACGGAACCUCGAAUAUGACCAUCGACGGCACCAAGACCCAAGGCGGCGGCCUCGUCUUCAAAUCCUUUCAAUGGCAGACAAAAGCCGGUAUGUCUCCCUUCCCCGUUUCCACCCCAACGUCGACUAACACUCCCAGACGACACCUGCCAAGUAAUCUUCGGCCUAGAAGAAUGCUCCACCGUCGCCUACGCCGUCCCCUCCUCCCCCGAAUGGAAAAAUAA